AUGAUUCACUAUGAGCUUCAAUCUGCUUCUACUACUAGCCAUGAUAGCUAUAAACAUUCUCUCCUCCACCACCAUCUUCUUCCAAUCAACCGUCAAUUCCUCAUCGGCACUCUGUUCCUGACCAUCCGGCGGCUCCAAACAAGUAGUGCUGCCCUCAACAACCGCACAGACAACCAGCCAGACAAUUCCACUUCAACUGCUUCCACCGUCUCCUACUCUGUGCCGAAAGAUCUCUUCAUCUACUCUAAGCUCUCCCCAUGGCUUCUGCUUGCCAUAACUACCAUGCCCUCUUACACUAGUACAAAACUACAUUCAUUUCUCUGUUUAUUCUUCCGACAUUGA